CUGACAUCCUUUAGUUGUUGGUUUGUUGAACCUUCGGCAAGACUUGUUUGUACGAUCUUAAUUUCUUUGUCUAAUUCAGGUAAUAAUAUCCAAUCAGCCAGGAUGAAGAACGUCGUAGGAUAUUUAGCCUUGUUUGUGUUCAUUGGCCUCGCUAAUGGCCAGGAAGUCAUCACUGUCACAAACGGUGAGACUGACGGACGUUGGGGACCAUUGGAAACGUGUCCAUCAGGUUCCAGAGCCAUUUCCUACCAAACUCAGAAUGAAAUUGAUGCUCCGGUCGUUGAUGAUUCAGCUAUGAAUACUCUCGUUCUCUUCUGCGACGAUCCCCUGCAAACUAAUUUAACUUCCGCUCCCGGAUAUACAGGAAAUUGGCAAAAUGUUCAGACCUGCCCGUUCGGUGCUUACAUGAAAAGCUUCCAAUUGCUAGUCAGUCCAGCGGGCAACACGACAGACAACACGGCCGUCAACAACAUUCGUUUCAUGUGUUCUAAUGAUCGUGACAUCAGCGGAAUCGGUAACAGAGAAGGAUAUUGGGGCGAAUACAGCGCCGAAUGUCCAGAAGGCAUUUGCGGACUUGAGACCCGCGUCCGUCCCGAUGGUGGACUUUUGGUUGACAACACUGCCCUCAACGAUGUCCGUUUCACUUGCUGCGCUGCGGCCGAGUUCUAGAAUUUACAAGUUUACAUAUAUCUUUGUCAUCUGUAUAAGAGGCUCUGCGAAUGUGAAUUGAUUCUGGCCUAUUUCGAUACGUCUGUAGUACAGAGGAAGAAUUCUUCUAAUAAGCAUAUUACACAAAAAUUUUAUCAUUUUAAAUAAUACACGAAAUUACUAAGUCAA